UAUACAGGUGCAUUUUAUAAAGAACAACAUUACUUAAUUAAGGUAAAGAAAUGAAAACGAUAAUAUACAGUAUAUUCCGGAUAUUAGUAUGUCCGUUGUAGGAUUCGGUGAUGAAUAUACAGGUUCGUUCUUCACCUUCCGUCACGUAAUUAUAUCUUGAUUCAAGAGAAAGAUAAGUUUUUUAACUUUUAACAUGAUAUUUAUGACUUAAAGAAAAAAUAUUUUUUUAGGGCGAAACAACCUGGGGCGAACGGGAUUUGGGGCGAAACAACCCGUUACCGUUUGGCUAAGAGAGACACUUAGACUAUAUGGGACCCAUAUCCACGUGGGAGCCUUAGCUGAGUGCCCCACGGGUAUCUCGACACUAGUCUACUCGUUAAACCUAGACUUUUAGGGAUCAAUACCAAUACGUAGCUCCUGUGUUCUGCACAGCCACAGAGUGAGCUCGUGUCAAUCACAAAUCUUUGUCCAUAUUGGAUAUACCUCGGUUGAAUAUUGAAGACAAUUGAUUUAUUUACAAAAUGAAUAUAUAAGUAUAGGAGACCCCUAUUUUUUUAUAUUGCAAGUAAAGCGAUCCAUGCCCUGUGGUAUCCUGAUUAAGGUUGAGAAGUAGGAGCAAUGUGAUCGUUUCUAUAUUUGUAUACACCUGUAGGAUUCCUGUUGGUUCUAAAUAUAGUACAUUACAGUGUAAUGAACCAAUGACAACGCCGCAUUUCAUAUCAGGUACAGAUUCUAAAUAUAGUCUAUUACAAUAUUAGAAACAUUGCACCACCACAUGUAAACACAUGACGGUGUAUAUAAACCGACGGGUACAUUGUACCACUGCUACACAAUAGAGAUCGUCUGCUGUACAGACCACACGUACAUCUACAAUACACAACAUGGUGUACAAAUCUGACAAGUACCAUGUCCGUUCCGGAAACACCCUUAGAACAUGUAAUACAAGGGGCAGCCACCUGUACAGACGACAGUCGUUUCUGGUUCUCCAAUCUACGGACGAUCUCAACCCAGCUGUCUUGGAUGACCUUGGGUUAGACAGAAACAAUGUCGCGUACUCUCUCAACAAGAAAGGACGAUGGCUGGUACCUCAGAUUCUGAAACACGAAUUAAGCAACAGUGAUGAAAAUAUCAAAGUGAACCUUGUCGAAUCUCAUAAGCUGAAACGAAAAAUCAAAUACACAGGAUUUCAUUCCAAUGACGGCUUUCCGAGAAAGGUUUCACCUAAAAGAACUUACUUUGACUUGAACAGCCUCAAAUGCAAGACAUCAGCUCCGACAGUUACAGUAAAUAUUGUAACUCCGUGUCCGACAACGAGCUCACUCGCACGUAAUCCAAAGUACCUCGAUUACACACCGACACACAAGGGUAAUGAUGACACGAGCGAAACUUCCCACAAAGAAUCAAAUCCUAUGAAAAUCAGAACAAGCACACAACGAAUGAAGAUGUUCAUGGACACGGAAAUGGAUGAGUGCCAAGAGGAAUCUGAGUAUUCCGAGCACGCAGACGAUGACAUAUAUCCUGACGAGGAAGCUUACAAACCACGUCCUACUACUGUGUGUGUCGGAGACAUCCUCACUCAUUCUAAAGACAUGCAAGAAUUACUCUUCAGAAAACUGGACACGUCUCAAAGUACAGAUGUCCUGAGAAAACCCUACAACCAACACCCACUUACAGAAGAACGAGAGAUGGAGAAUGGAGCGACAGGGGGUCAUUCAACGACACGCCCUUCAUUUACUACUUCAAUGCCAAGACAUAUCACUAUCUUCAUACCUAACACAGAAGUGCAAACGGGACAUCUUCAGGAAGUGUUUGGUGAAGAUUAUAUCGAAUGUCGCUGCUUUCCACGUAAAUUCGUCAUUGACAUCACCGAAAAAGUAACAAGCACGAUUUUGAAAUUUAAAGCUUUCCAAAAUAGAGACAUGAAGAGAGUUGAUUUCUCAGCAGUCUUGGUCUUUGCUUACGAUAUGUUUGGAAGUCUCGACAGUACAGACAUGGACUCAUUCAAAGUCUCCAUCAACAUGAAAACAACGCAUUCGUGCCUCAAAUUGGAAACUCUUCCUGAAAAGGGUGUAUUUGGAAUUGAACAAAUAAUUCAGGGGGCUAUAUCAUAUAUCGCAACUAUCCCCUGUGACAACUUUGUUUCUAAGGAUAUACCGUCAUUCAAAACCAUACCAGCUAAAACAAACCACAAUAUUUUGAAAUUGUGUAAUACAGAGGUUACAUCCGUUUUCCCCGAAAACAUCACCAUCAGAGACAUACUGAAAGAAAACAGAAAGAAACAUGAUACAUCGAUGGGAAAUGUUGAAUUUGAGUCACUUCCACCUGAUACUUGUUCUAUUUGUUUUGAAUCCAUUCUCAAUAGUCCAGCGACCGCCCUACAGUCCUGUGGACAUUGGUUUUGUGAUAGUUGUUGGAACGAUCAUGUGAUCACGACAGCCGGUUGCAGCACAAGGCGAAUCACAUGCCCAGAAUAUAAAUGCCAGUCUACUGUUGAUUAUGACAUCUUGCUCACAACAUCAAAAAUGCAAAUAGUGACAAAAAUGUUUCAACGUCUAAUUGACAAGGAGACUGACAAAGAAUCUAGCUCCAAGUGGUGCCCAAAUAAAAAGUGUGGACGUGUUAUUAGAUCUGAAAACAAGGAAAUCGGACAAAUCAUGAAUGUCACCUGCGAGUGCGGAACAGCGUUUUGUUUCGAUUGCUUACAACCAGUUCAUUGGCCACUGUCAUGUAGAGACCACGACAAGUACUUGGAGAAAUUAAAGAAGCACGGAUAUAUUGACAAGUCAACCAAAACUGAAGAAGUUUUCACGUUUACCGUCCGAGGAAAGCGCUGCCCUGUCUGCAAUGCUUUCGUUGUAAAGGAAGGUGGUUGUUUUUCCAUGAUAUGCGUAUGCGGCACUAAUUUCUGUUGGGGAUGUCUCAAAACAAUUGAUGAUCAUCCAUCGACGCCUUGUUACCAUGGUAAUAUGUAUAGUACUUAUGGUGAUAAUUUUCGAACAAGAACAAAAAAGAUUGUCCAACACAUCAAUGCCGGUCACAAUAAUGACCAACCGGACUGGUACAAACGCGCCGUGAUGAUUCGCUCUUGGCGCAACCUUUCCAACGUGAAGAUUAUGUCGUCUGCUGUUCGAGGUAUGUGUAGAACACUGACGUCAUACAAACGACGUCAGGAUGCAGGGAUCGGUGCAGAACUUGGAAACUUUGAAUUGCCCGAGUCGCUCAAGCACACUUGUGUAACGGAUAAAAUCCACCCAUUCCUUACGAGUAUGAUCGGCGUUUAUCUGGAGGCGUCUCUCAUCUGUGAAUACACCACAGUCUUCCUAGAGAUAUGUCAAGAUCAAAACAUCAUACAGAUCCGAGAUUGUCUCCAAUGCCUUACUAAAGAAAUUCACACGAUUUUUAGGGUGUCUAACAAUGUAGAUUUGAAAUCAUCCGUCACACGUCUUUUUCAUCUUCGUAAUGAAUGUGAAAAAGUAAUUAAUAAAUUGGUUGACACAAUGGAGUAAAAUGUUUUAAGGAUCGCUGUACCACUGUCCAAAAGUGUACAAACGAUUUUACUAGCAUAACUGUAGCUCGGAUAAUUCAUUUCUGAAAACAAAAUCAUACCUUGCAAAACUUAAAAAAGCAAAUAAUCAAAAUGAAAUAUACAAAAAGAAAUAUUAACAAUGUUUUAAGUGAUGAAAUACAAUGAGACCGGACCAGAAUUCGAACCCUUAUCCUCCAGCAACUAUACUUAACGUUCUAACCAGCUCACGUACCUGGUCAGUGGCCUAGUCGCCUUACAGUUAUACAUAUAACUAAGUCCAAUGGAGGAUACUGUAUGACAGUUUGUACAGAAACUUACAGUGAAAUUAUCCAGUGAGUGUCUUCAGUGGGACAGGGAUCCUUAAUAGCGAUUAAAAUGUCAAUGUCAAUGUCUUUCAACAAAAUGAUGGAGUAUUUAUUAAUGAAACAGCUUUUACUAAGACAGUAUAGUAUUCGUAUAUACUCCCGUUGAAUGUCAUUGCUUUUAAAUUGUUUUAUCAAAUGAAAAAAUAAAUAAUGAACUUUUA